AUGGCUGUGGCAGUGCUGGCCGCUGCACGCCGCGUCGUGCUCGAGGCCAGGAUGUCAGGGGCCACGCCACGUUGUGUGACGGGACUCAGGGUGAACCCAAGGCACCCAUCGUGGAGCCACAUCCACCCUCAUGACGACUGCGUGGCCGACUCAUCACCCUCUGUUCACGCGUGUCACGCGUCGGCCGUAGGACCCGUCCCUGCGCACCGCUUCGCCCGGGACUGCCGCGUCGCUCACAGAAGCGCAGGUCACAAGGCACGGAUCUCACCCGGACGCUGCCAGCCUCCCCUCGGGGACCGGCACUUCCUGCGAGAUGCAGCUCACCCGCAGAUGGUGCCGCGUCCCUGGGCCACGGGGGUCUGGCAGGACGCGAGGACGGUGGCCGCCGUGUACACAGCGGCCCCGCAGGCACCCGCAGACACUCUGAGUGACCUCAGCUCAGACUACAGGGGUCGCUCCCCAGCUGCCACUCCCCGCGCCGCGGCCCAGCCAGAGACGGGGACCCAGGCACAGCCGGGCAGGACAGUGAGUGUGCGGCGCUUGUGGCAGCUCCGAGAGCCCCCGAGCCCUCCCGUCCCCGGCGUGGGGAUCGCAGACCCCACCUUGCAGCUGGGGGUGCUGGGCUCUCUGUCCCCCAAACUGGCACGCCAAGGAGCCACGUCCUCCGUGUCAGGUGUCCGGCACACGUGUCCACCCCGUGCCGCUGACGGCCGAGAGCCGGCGCUGCGACCCGAGUCCGGCCGGACGCCGGGGGCCAUGGCGCGGCUCCCCGAGCCCGCGGGCGGCCGGCGCGUGGUCAUCAUCAACGUGGGCGGCUGCAGGGUGCGCCUGGCCUGGGCGGCGCUGGCGCGCUGUCCCCUCGCGCGCCUGGAGCGCCUGCGGGCCUGCCGCGGCCGCGACGAGGUCCUGCGCGUCUGCGACGACUACGACGCCGGCCGUGACGAGUUCUUCUUCGACCGCAGCCCGUGCGCCUUCCGCGCCAUCGUGGCGCUGCUGCGGGCCGGCAAGCUGCGGCUGUUGCGCGGCCCCUGCGCGCUGGCCUUCCGCGACGAGCUGGCCUACUGGGGCAUCGACGAGGCCCGGCUGGAGCGCUGCUGCCUGCGCCGUCUGCGCCGCCGCGAGGAGGAGGCGGCCGAGGCGCGCGCGGGGCCGCCGGGGAGCGCGGGGGACGCGGGGCCACACCGGCGCCUGCGGGACCUCCUGGACGACCCGCGCUCCGGACCCGCCAGCAAGCUCUUCGCCUGCGUGUCCGUCGCCUUCGUGGCUGCCACGGCGGUCGGCCUCUGCCUGAGCACCAUGCCGGACAUCCGCGCGGAGGAGGAGCGGGGCGAGUGCUCCCCCAAGUGCCGCAGCCUCUUCGUGCUGGAGACGGUGUGCGUGGCCUGGUUCUCCUUCGAGUUCCUGCUGCGCUCGCUGCGCGCCGAGAGCAAGUGCGCCUUCCUGCGGACGCCGCUCAACGUCAUCGACAUCCUGGCCAUCCUGCCCUUCUACGUGUCGCUGCUCGCGGGGCUGGCGGCGGGGGGCGCGGGCGCGGGGGGCGCGGGGGGCGCGGCGCUGCUGGAGCGCGCGGGGCUGGCGCUGCGGCUGCUGCGGGCGCUGCGCGUCCUCUACGUGAUGCGCCUGGCGCGCCACUCGCUGGGGCUGCGCUCGCUCGGCCUGACCGUGCGCCGCUGCGCGCGCGAGUUCGGGCUGCUGCUGCUCUUCCUCUGCGUGGCCACCGCGCUCUGCGCCCCGCUGGUGCACCUGGCCGAGCACGAGCUGGGCGCGCGCCGCGACUUCUCCAGCGUGCCCGCCUGCUACUGGUGGGCCGUCAUCUCCAUGACCACCGUGGGCUACGGCGACAUGGUGCCGCGCAGCCUGCCCGGGCAGGUGGUGGCGCUCGGCAGCAUCCUCAGCGGCAUCCUGCUCGUGGCCUUCCCGGUCACGUCCAUCUUCCACACCUUCUCGCGCUCUUACUCCGAGCUCAAGGAGCAGCAGCAGCGGCACGCCGCCAGCCCCGAACCGGCCCUGCACGAGGACCGCGCGCGCUCCGCCCCGGCCACCGAGGACGGCCUGCAGGGGCCCGCCACAGCCGCCCAAGCUAGGGUCCCCGCGCCGGGGGGUGGCCGCGACUGUGGCCCCCAAGAGGCCGCUCUUCCUGAGCUUCCUCAGGAAUAG